GGAAAACAUGGUGGAAAGGAGUAUGUAGAGUUAAGUUACCAGCCUCAAAUUUGACACAAUUUAGAGUAUUUGCCUUUGUGAAUUAUACUCGAUAAACAAACUGGACAAAACUGUUCAUUGGUGUAAAAAAAAAACAGUCGCUCCUAACGGUCCAGAGAGCCGAGAGAGCUACGGAAACCUCGAGAAGCAUUUAUGACAGAUUUUGGCAUAUGCCUGGUGAAAAAGCAGUGAAGAGUGGUGAGUCUGGCUGAGUGGAGCCAGUAGAAAUGGGUGCCAACACCAGCCAGGUCAGUGAACUGUCUGAUAAUCCAAGCCUCAAGGCCCUGGUGGGCACAGAGUCCAUAUCGGAGAAUGACCCCUUCUGGAACCAGCUCAUCUCCUUCACUUUCAUCAGUCCCACCAGCAGUGGAGACUCUAAGUUGCUAGAGGAGGCUGUCAUCCCCCUGGCCAAGACCUUCAUUGAAAACAAUCCCAGAACAGGAAACUUUGGCGCUCUUGUGAGAAUUUUCCUGGGAAGAACCAAAGAACUGAAAAUCUCGACAGAAUGCCAAGAUCAGCUGUUCAUCUGGCAGGCCCACAACGCACUCUUCAUGAUUCGUUGCCUGCUAAAGGUGUUCAUCAGGGAGAUGAGUGAAGAAGAGCUGCACCUACAGUUCUCCUACCAGGAGAGGGCACCAGGCUCCUGUGGAGAAACAGGUAGCGAGGACCUCCUCGAGGAGCUGUUGUCCAACCUCGUUCACCUGAUCGUUGAAGUGCCCCUGCUUGACAUCACCUAUAGCAUCCUGUUCGAAGCAGUGACCAUGCUGCUGGUAUUCUUCUCCUAUCAGCUCUUCCACAAAGACAUCCUCCGCGAUGGAGUGAUCUACCAGCACAUCAUGAAGGGGAGAUGUUUGUCUUUAACCAGCCGACUGGUGAAGACCCUGCUCUAUAACUUCAUCAGGCAGGAGAAGUGUCCACCACCUGCAACCCACAUCUUUGAGCCAAAAGCUGAGGGUGGCCUGCUUUACGGCCUGGCAUCAGGGGUGGCAAGUGGGCUGUGGAGUGUCUUCACAUUGGGUGGAGCUGGCAGCAAAGCAGGGAUAGACCAGGAACACAACCCCCUACCUUUGUCUAAUCAGAGCCUUCUGUUACUGCUGGUUCUAGCCAAUCUGACAGACGGGCCAGACUGGCCCAACCCCUACCGCCAGGCUAUAACUUGUUUCAGAAAUACACAAGACACAUCGUCGUUGCCCGUGGAGCCACCUCACACUUUCCAGAUCAAUUUCAACAGUCUAUACACAGCUCUGUGUGAGCAGCAGCGCUCCGACCAGGCCACACUACUACUGUACACACUGCUUCACCAGAACUCCAACAUGAGGACAUAUAUGCUCUCUAGAACCGACAUGGACAAUCUGGUGCUGCCCAUUCUCGAGAUCCUUUACCACGUAGAGGAGAGAAAUUCUCAUCAUGUCUACAUGGCCCUUAUUAUUCUCCUCAUUCUUACAGAGGACGAUGCCUUCAAUCGCUCCAUCCAUGAGGUGGUAUUGAAGAACAUCUCAUGGUACACAGAGAGAUCAUUGACAGAGAUCUCACUUGGCAGUUUGCUCAUCCUGGUGGUCAUCCGCACCAUCCAGUUUAACAUGACCCGGACAAGGGAUAAAUACCUCCACACCAACUGUUUGGCUGCACUCGCCAACAUGUCAGCCCAGUUUCGAUGUCUGCACCAGUAUGCUGCCCAGCGCAUUAUCAGUUUAUUUGCUUUGCUUUCCAAAAAGCACAACAAGGUUUUGGAGCAGGCAACACAGAGUCUGCGAGGCAGACAGGGAGACAACACAGCCUUGCCCGACUAUGCUCAGGACCUUAAUGUGAUUGAGGAGGUGAUCCGCAUGAUGUUGGAAAUCAUCAACUCUUGCCUGUGCAACUCUCUACACCACAACCCCAACCUGGUGUACGCGCUGCUCUACAAGAGGGAGCUCUUUGAGCAGUUCAGGAUGCACCCAUCCUUCCAGGACAUCAUGCAGAACCUGGACACGGUGAUAGGCUUCUUUAGUCAACGUCUGGAGCAGGCUGGAAGUGACCUGUCAGUUGAGAGGGUUCAGGAGGUCAUCAUGAAAGGAGCCCAAGCUCUGCCCAAAGACAGACUGAAGAAGUUUCCAGAGCUCAAGUUUAAGUAUGUGGAGGAGGACCAGCCGGAGGAUUUCUUCAUCCCGUACGUCUGGUCCCUGGUCUUUAACUCCGGCGUCGGCCUCCACUGGAGCCCGCAUGGCAUCGAGCUGUUCAGCAUGGACUCUGGCUGAAACACCUGCUGCAGCAGAAUAUGUGUGUCUCCAUCUGUGUUUGGUAUAGGGAAAAAAAAAGAAAAAGACUGACGGUGUGUGUGUGUGUGUUUGGGUGGGUGUGUGUGCGCGCGCAUUACCCUUUAUAAGUGUGUGCACGCUGCUUUGAAAGUGCCUCGACCUUGUACAGACCGGUGUUUCUUUUUAUGCAGUACCAUCUCUUUUUUCCCCUCAUAUCCUAAUAAUUCCUCUGCUUCUACACACUGUGAAGCUUCACCUGUAAUGGUUAACAGUUCACACAGUAGCGCUCACUCAUGUACACCCAGUCCUGUAGUGAAUACCUAUUUAACAUUUGAGCAGCUUCUCCUGGUUCCACAGCACAUGCUGAGUUACAUCUCUCCUGUAUAACCUUCUGGUGUUGUGAGGAGCUCAGGACACUGGCGAUGGAUAAUCCCACGUUUUUUUUUCUUGCUUUCAGAGAAAAGGUCAAUUAAAACAUAUGCACCUAAGUGUUACACUGCUCUGGUGAACAUUCAUUUACCGCUGCACUGAAUGCUAAGAAAUAGUACCGACCUAAUAUUCAAGACAGGCCAUGUGUCUUGGAAGACACAGCACACAUUUAAUUGAAUAUCCUCCAUAAUAUAGAAUUUUAGGUAUGAUUAGCUCGUAAAUUAGUGUUUUAUUUUGACCACGAAUAGUUCUCUGAAUACAAUGGGUUUGUAUAAAAGGGUUUUUUUGGUGAAAUUAAGUUCAAAACAGGUUGGAGAAAAAGAACUGAUCUCCAACAGAGAGUCCUCUGUUGUGUUGUAAUAUGCAGGGUUUUCAGAUUUGAGCCCACCACUGUUGUUUGGUUGCCACUUCCAAUACCCCACAUAGAAUUACAGUUUAAUUAAUGCUUAAUUUCAGUCCCUGGUUAAUAUUAGCAAUCCACAUCACUCUGAUUCAUGUAAUUUUAUUGUUGCUUCCAGCCAGUUUAUCUGACUUUACCCUGUCUUUGUCGUUUCCAUUUUUUUCCUGAUGGUAACCUAAGGCAAGUGCUUAACUGGGGCAAGUCAUUAAACCCCCCCUAUCCUAUUGUGCAUAAUUACAGUUAUCUCUUUAAUUUGUCACUUUAUUUGCAUGUUUAACUAGAGACUUUGUAUUAAAUUAUUUAUUUUCAUGUAUAUUGUUUUUUUUUUUAUAUAUAUAUUCAGCCCCCCCUCAAAAGGUAAACUGUAGUAGUGAAAUGACUACUACUAAUGAAAGAAAAACAGUGGUACUAUACUUUGAUUCUUCCCAGGUGGGAAACUGGCUUUAUAUUAUUACAUAUAAUAUGACAACAGCUGUCAUUUUGUGGCAACUAUUACUUUGAAAAUAGGAGUUUAAAUAAAAAUAUUAAAUCAAA